AUGGCGUUUUUUCCUUUGUUCAAGAAAUCUCUGAACUCUUUCACUCGUCCCAUGGAUGCUUACUUUCAAUUGAAAGAGAAUGAAUACUUUUUUAAAAACAAUAAAAAAGACAAAGAAUUCAAUUUUGUAGUUGGUUCCUGCAAUGGAUUGCUAUGCUUGUUAGGCCACUCUAUUGACUAUGAGUAUGAGUAUGUUGUGAAAUUAUGGUUUCAAAUUUGGAACCCGGCCACCAAGACAGUAUCACCAAGAUUAUGUUUUUGUUCUUCCUGGGACGAUGAUUAUAGUAUAAUUUUGGAUGAUGAGGAUAGUACAAUUGAACCUUUUAGUUUCACAUUUGGUUUUGAUGAAUCAACUACCAUAUAUAAGGUGGUGGAGAUGAUGAAAACAAAGGUAAGAGUUUUCAACUUGCGUAGUAAUACUUGGAGAUAUAUUCAAUAUUCUCCUAUGUAUCUCAACGAAGAUUCGGCUGUGUAUCUUAGCGGAAGUGUUUAUUGGUUGGCAACUCAGAAUCGUUCUGGUCCUUAUUACGUUAGCAAUGAUAUUAUUACUAACAAGCAAUUUGUGAUUAUCUCACUUGAUUUGAGGACAGAGACACAUACUCAGUUGCUACCUCCUCAGGGUUUUGAUAAAGAUUUUGAUGAAAUGCCAUAUAUCGAACCAAAACUAAGUGUGUUAAAUGAUUGUCUUUCUUUUUGUUAUGAUUUCAAACAAAUUCAUUAUGUUAUAUGGCAAAUGAAGGAAUUUGAAGUGGAAGACUCUUGGAUUCAAUUCCUUAAAAUUAGUUACCAUAAUCUUCGAAUUCCACUUAAUGGCUUAUACCAUUUGUUACCAGUUUGCGUUUCGGAGAAGAAUGCUGCGGAUGCGGUUGCGGAUAUUGCGAAUGCGGUCAUUGCGCUUGUUGCGAUGCGCAUUGCGGCCGUUGCGGCGUGA